UUUUUUGCAGCUGUCACAGUCACUAAAACAUCCAUUAUUUACCAUAAAUAAAGUUGAUUUUAUAUGCGAUUUGUAUCAUUAAACGAUAGUUACUGCGUUUCUAUUUGAUUAUUUAGUUUUGUUUGAACCGAAAUAUUCUUUAGAUUGACUAAAAAUGUCAGAAAACAUUGAAGCAAGCGGAUCGCAACAAGCAACAAGCGAAAAUACAGAACAAACAAAUGGAGGUGGCGAUUGUAGAAAAAUUGCUUUAAUAACCGGCAUUACUGGACAGGACGGCUCCUAUUUAGCUGAAUUCCUUUUGAAGAAAAACUAUGAAGUUCAUGGUAUAAUACGGCGUGCAAGUACAUUCAAUACAUCGCGUAUUGAGCAUCUCUAUGCCGACCCGGUAGCACAUAAGGGUGGCAAAAUGAAACUGCAUUAUGGUGACAUGACAGACAGCAGUAGCUUAGUGAAGAUUAUCAAUAUGGUAAAGCCUACGGAAAUUUAUAAUUUAGCUGCACAAUCGCAUGUGAAAGUAUCAUUCGAUUUGAGCGAAUAUACAGCCGAAGUUGAUGCUGUUGGCACGCUGCGCAUACUGGAUGCCGUACGCACAUGCGGUAUGGGGAAAACUGUACGUUUUUCUGAGUUGUACGGCAAGGUGGUUGAGACGCCACAAAAUGAGCAAACACCUUUUUACCCACGUUCGCCAUACGCCUGCGCGAAAAUGUAUGGUUUUUGGAUUGUGAUUAACUAUCGCGAAGCAUACGAUAUGUUUGCCUGCAACGGUAUUUUAUUCAAUCAUGAAUCACCGCGUCGAGGUGAAAAUUUUGUUACACGCAAAAUAACUCGUUCAGUUGCGAAAAUCUUUCACGGCCAACUGGAAUCCUUCGAAUUAGGUAAUCUUGAUUCGAAGCGUGAUUGGGGCCACGCCAUGGACUACGUAGAGGCUAUGUGGAUGAUGCUACAAUGUGAGAAACCAGCUGACUUUGUUAUCGCCACUGGCGAAACGCAUAGCGUACGAGAAUUUGUGGAAGAAUCCUUUAAAUUUAUAGGACGGGAAAUUGUUUGGCAGGGUGAAGGAAUUAAUGAAGUGGGCAUCGAGAUCGAUACCGGAGUUGUGCGUGUGCGCAUUAAUCGCAAAUACUUCCGUCCAACAGAAGUGGAUCUAUUGCAAGGUGAUGCGAGUAAAGCCCGUCGGGAACUUAAUUGGGCGCCAAAAGUUACAUUUAAGGAAUUGGUUAAAGAUAUGAUGGUUGCCGAUGUUGAACUUAUGAAAAAGAAUCCAAUUGCCUAAGUAACGAUUUUUAUAUUAGAGUGAUUUUUUUAGUGACUUUGGCGACAAUGCAGGCGCCUUUUUUUAACAAAGCACAACUAUAUGUAGUUAAGAGAUGUUAAGAGGCGUAGAACAAUGCAAUAUUAUAGAUCAUAGAGCUGUAUGUAGUAUGUAGUUUUUUUAUAUAGUUACUCCACCAUGACAGUGCUGCAUUUUAUUUUCGUUAGUCGUACGUAUGUAUAAUUUGUAAUUAUACUUUUAUUGUUAUAAAAAUUAAUGUUUUUUAUCUUUUGCAUACCAAAGCAAAUUAUAAAUGUAUUAUGCAAUAAAUGUGCUUCAAC